AUGGCGUCUUUCGCAGUUACGGCCUACGCCGCCUUAUCGCACACGCCAGAGGUCGAGGAGGUUCUGUCUGGUAUCUUUGGCAGCAUCAGCUUGACGGCGUGGAUAUGCCUUCUCCUCCCCCAGCUCCUCACCAACUACAAGGCGCAAAGCGCUGAUGGCCUCUCCAUGGGCUUUCUGAUUAUCUGGUUGAUCGGCGACGUGACCAACCUCCUUGGCGCCUUCUUCACGCACCUCGCCCCAACGGCGGUCGCCCUCGCGACGUACUUUUGCUUCGCGGACCUCGUCCUCAUCGGCCAGUGCGUCUACUACAACACUAAAAACGCCCGCCGCGCCGCGCGCUCCCGCGCCUCGGCCGCCACCCCCGCAGAGGCCACCGAAGACGAGCCCCUCCUCCGCUCCCGCCGCAGCUCCUCCGCCGCCGGCCUCCCCGGCUCGCACCGCCGCCAGGGCCUGCACGAGGAGAGCUCGCUCGACCCGCUGCGCAAGAUGGUCACGGGCGAGGAUGACACGCCCGACAGUAACCCGUGGCUGCAUAACACGCUGAGCAUCGUCGCCGUCUACCUCGUCGGCGCCGCCGGCUGGUUCCUCUCCUACAAGGCGGGCGCGUGGGACUCGCCAGACGCCGACGUCGGCUCGCCCGCGGAGGCGGCGGACACGAUGGAGAAGGUCGGCCUUCUGCUGGGGUACCUCAGCGCCGCGUGCUACCUCACGGCGCGCAUCCCACAGAUUGUGAAGAACUACCAAGAGAAGUCUUGUGAAGGUCUCGCGCUGCUCUUCUUCCUCCUCUCGCUCACCGGAAACCUCACCUACGGCGCCAGCCUGGUCGCGUUCAAGCAGGAUAAGGCCUACCUCCUCAACGCGCUCCCCUGGCUGCUCGGGUCGCUGGGCACCAUAGCCGAGGAUUUCAUCAUCUUUACACAGUUCCACAUAUACGCGCCGCGCCCCGAUACGAAGCACGACGACGAGGCGUAA